AUGCUCCGUGCCUCUCGUGUCCUCUUCUCAUCCAACUUGGUCUCCAAGUCGUUCAACUCUGCUUCAGUCCUUCAACGCUCUAGCCCUGCUGAUACCGUCAACCCCGCCGAGCUCUUUGGAUCUGCCAAGAAGGCCGUCCUCAUCGGUGUCCCUGGCGCCUUCACCCCUGGCUGCUCCAAGACCCACGUCCCUGGCUACCUCAAGCAUUACGAUGAAUUGAAGAACAAGGGCGUCGAGCUGAUCGGAUGCGUCUCUGUCAACGAUGCCUUUGUCAUGGAUGCCUGGGGCAAGGACUUGAACGUUGGCGACAAGGUCACCAUGCUUGCUGACCCUCAGGGCAAGUUCGUCAAGGACCUCGGAUUGGACUUUGACGCCUCCGCUGCUCUUGGUGGACACCGUUCUAAGCGCUUCGCUUUGGUUUUGGAGAACGGCAAGAUCACCAAGGCCUUUGUCGAGCCCAACAACACUGGAUUGUCUGUCACCCUCGCCGAGAACCUCUUGAAGGAGCUGUAA